AUGGCCGUCCCUUCAUACACAUCCUACGAUUACAUCAUUGUCGGUGGGGGAAUUUCCGGGACCGUGAUCGCUUCACGUCUCCGUGAACAGCUUCCUGCUUCUUCGAUCCUCCUUCUCGAAGCGGGGAAGGAUCCUGUUGGUCACCCUGUGACCGGAGCUGCGUUGGCAGUUUUUGGAUUCCACCACUCGGACCUCGACUGGGACUUUACAUCAGUUCCCCAAUCUCAGCUCAACAAUCGGGCCUGCUAUCAGGCGGCUGCCAAAUGUCUUGGUGGGGGCUCGUCUAUCAAUUAUAAUACUUGGCUCAGAGGCCCCAAAGCAGACUACGAUCGAUGGGCAAAACUGGUUGAAGACGACCAAUGGAGUUACGAUCAACUUCUCAAGUACUUCGAAAGGGUUGAAGCGUCCCCCAGUCAUCCAGGGGGCAAGAUUCAUGUAAACUCGGUUACCCAAUCUCACCCAGAUCGCAAAUAUCCUCUUCGUGAUGCCGUCCUCGCGGCCUGGGAAAGCACGGGACUGAAGCAUAACCCUGCUCCUAAUGAGGGAGACCCUUUGGGAAUCACCGAACUCUACGAGAACCGAGAUGGAGGGCAACGGCAGUUCGCUCACAAAGUCUAUAAUCUGGAUAAGGUUGAUAUCUUGACUGAAGCCCAGGCUGCCCGCAUUUUGAUCUCCGGGGACACGGCCAACGGCAAGAAGGUGGCCAACGGGGUAGAACUGCUCGAUGGACGUCGUUUCCAUGCCCGCAAGGAAGUCAUCGUUUCUUGCGGAGCAUACAAUACCCCCAAGCUAUUAUUGCUCUCGGGUAUUGGGCCCAAGGAGCAACUCCAGGAGCAUGGUAUCCAACAAGUGGUCGAUGCGCCUGAGGUGGGACGUAAUUUCCAUGAUCAUCCCGCGGUUGUCUUGAUUUGGAAGCUAAAAGAGGGUGACUCCAAUCUGCCGAUGAGCGCUAUCGGGGCUAAUCCCGGCUUCCAAGUGGGAUUGCCCGCCGACUGGGUGGUUUUCGCUGGCCUUGAUAGCCAAUUAAUCCGGAAUGCCCUAAUCAAGGAUGGCGAAGAUCCCGAAGGGGUGGAAGGACAAUAUCUGUUGAAUGCAAACAACAUUUUCACUGAGACUCUCAGUGUGUACGCCCCAGCGGGUGCUAAUCAUGCCGACAUGGAUAUACCGUUCGACGGUCGACACGUCUCCACCCCAGUGCUAGGAAUGCUUCCUACCUCUCGAGGCAGUAUCACAUUGGCCUCCAACGACCCCACCACCGCACCCCGAGUCGAUCCAAACUACUACGCCACUGAGGUUGAUCGGACCGCGUUGCGCACCGGCAUAAGGCGGGCAGUUAAGGCCUUCCGGGAGUCAGCUGCAGUGAAAGAUUUGGUGGAAAGUGAGGUUCCACCGGACAAUUUCCCUCCGCUUCAUGCCGACUCCUCCGACGAGGAAAUCGAUGAUCGUGUUCGACGGGUGGUCAAUACUUUCUUCCAUGCGGGUGGUAGUUGUGCGAUGGGCAAGGCCGUCGACAGCGAGCUGCGUCUCUAUGGGGUAGAGGGGCUUCGAGUCGUGGAUGCCAGUGUUCUCCCAACGCCGAUUGCUGCUCACUACCAGUAUUGCAUCUACACUGUAGCGGAAAAGGCUGCCGAGCUUAUUGCUGCUCGUCACACCUAA